AUGUCUUCGCGGCCCCGUCGGUCCGCUGCCCAGCGCGCCACUGCAGCCAUCACUGACAUGGCCGAUAGAGACCGCGACCCCGCCGAGCAGCGCACCAUGUCGUCGCGCAUCUCCCGUAGAUCGGGGCCCGGCAUCGCCUCGGUGACCCGGGGCCCGCCGUCCUCAUCCCCGGCGAACAGCAUCGGCGAUGGCAGAGAGCACAUGCACCUGACCGUCAAACUGCCCUCGAGCAAGCUGCGGCAGGCUACCAGCAGCAGCAGCAGCAGCGCCAACGACAAGCGCAAGGCUUCUGGGAGUUUAACUGGCGCUAGUGGAAGUAAGAGCAGCGCCGGCGCUGGCAAGCGGACCCGGGGAGGGAAAAAGAGCUAUGUCAUCGAAAGCAGCGAGGAGGAAGACGAAGAGGAGGAGGAGGAGCAGGAAGAGGAGGACGACGAAGAAGUGGACGAGGAAGAGGACGAGUCGGAAAAGGACGAGAUCGAGGUCGACACCAGGGCACGUUUCACCAAGGCUGAAGACGAGGAGGAGGACGAGGAUGACGAGGAUGAGCAGAUGGAGGAUCUCGGUGAAGAGGACGCCGAUGCCGACGAAGACGAGAUGGACAUUGAUGCCCAGGGCGACGAGGACGAGGACGCCGAUGCCGAUGCUGAUGGCGACGUCGACAUGGACGUCACCCCAGCCCCACGAGCCCCGGCCAUCAAAAUCACCAAGCCUUCCAAAAGCAUGCCCACUCCCACCAGCAAGGGCAAAAGCCUUCCCGCAGCAAAGCCCGUUGCCAAAGGCACGGCCGUAACCAAGCCCGCAGCAAACAACGACAACGACGAAGAGGAUGACGACGAAGAGUUGAGCGAGCUCGAGAGCGAACCAGAAGACGUUACCCUUGGCAUGGGAAACGGCGAAGAAGUCGCCGAAGGCGAGGAGGAAGAGGACGUUGAUGCCGAGGGCGAAGAGGAAAUCGAAGUGGCCGACGAGGACGUUGAAGGAGAGGAAGACGACGAAGGCCUGAGCGACGAAGAAGGCAUCAGCCGCGCCGACACACCGGACCUGUCGAAACUGACUGCCCGGCAACGGGCCAAACUGGGCGACGUCUCGCACGAGUACAUGAAGCUAUCCGAUGAAGUCCAGGCCAAGAAGCACUUCACUGCCGAAGAACUGUCGAUGCGGCGCGCCGAAAUGGCUCGCCGCCGGCGCAACCUCAGCGAGAAGCGCAACGAGGAAGUCAAGAUGGAAACAAUCAACAAACUGCUCAAGAAACAGGCGCCCAAGACGACGCGCAAGAACGCGGCGCUCCUGGCCGCCGGUGAGGAGACGACGCCCGGCGACACCGAGGCCCAGCGCCCGGAUCCCAUGUUCAUCCGCUGGGUCAACACCAGGGAGGGUAGCCGCGUGGCGGUGCCCGAUGAGUUGCUCACGGGCCCCGCGGGGCGGGUGUUUAUGGGCAGCGGUGAGGCUGGGGGUAGCGGUAGGGUGGGGCUUGGCGGGGUGAAGAUGGUUGAGGAGGUUUCGUGA